GACAGACAGACACUGCGGGAGGAGUCAGAGGCAGCCGGUCUCCGCGGGGGUCUGCUGGGGGAAAAAGCUCAAAGCGAACAGUGUGUGCUGGACUUUGAGCACUGACGGACCUCGGACUGCGGGGUGUGCGGGGUGUGCGGGGUGUGCGGUGGGCGGCUCUUUGGAGGCACAAUGUGGGGCAUUUGCAGCAGAACGAUGGUGAAGGUGGGGAUGGUGAAACCCUGCGGCUUAAUGAAACCCUGUCACUUGGUGAAGCCUGUAUCAGCAACUCGGGUCUCCGGGAGAUAUCUGACCCACCAGAGGGGACUGCCCGGUCUGCCCGUCCCCCCUCUGCAGCAGACAUGUGAGCGCUAUAUUGGCGCCCUGGAGCCCAUUGUGGAGGUGGACGAGCUGAAGCACACCAACGAGCUGGUGGACGAGUUUCAGAAGGCAGGGGGGAUCGGGGAGAGACUGCAGAGAGGACUGGAAAAGAGAGCGAGUAACACCGAGAACUGGCUGUCAGAGUGGUGGGUGCAGGUUGCUUACCUCGAGUACCGGCUGCCUGUGGUGGUUCAUUCAAGUCCUGGGCUGGUCUUGCCCCGCAUGAACUUCAGGGAUAAGCAGGGACAAAUAAGGUUUGCUGCCAAACUGAUAGCGGGUGUUUUGGACUUUAAGACAAUGAUUGACAAUGAGACACUACCAGUUGAAUAUCUGGGAGGGAAGCCCCUGUGUAUGAAUCAGUACUAUGAAGUGCUGUCGUCCUGCCGGAUACCCGGUCUGAAGAGAGACUCUAUUGUGAACCACGCCAAGAGCUCCAGGCCCUGCAAACACAUCACAGUAGUCCACAACUUUCAGUUCUUUGUGUUGGACGUGUACAACAGUGAUGGAACUCCACUGACAUCCGAUCAGCUCUGCGUUCAGCUGGAGAGGAUCUGCAGCUCCUCACCGCAGGCCGACGUGGAGCCUGUGGGCAUCCUUACCACCCACCAUCGCGACUCCUGGGGCAAGGCCUACGUCAACCUCAUCAAGGAUAAGACCAACAAAGAAUCCGUGUCAGCUAUCCAAAGGAGCAUCUUCACCCUGUGUUUGGACGGAGCCAUGCCUCGAGUGUCUGAUGACACCUACCGUAGCUCUGCCGCCGUCCAGAUGCUGCACGGAGGAGGCAGCCAGUGGAACAGUGGCAACCGCUGGUUUGACAAGACGCUGCAGUUUAUUAUCGGAGAGGACGGGACGUGCGGUGCGAACUACGAGCAUGCCCCAGCUGAGGGCCCACCCAUAGUGGCCUUGAUCGACCACGUUGUAGAAUACACGAGGAAGCCAGAGAUGGUUCGGUCUCCCAUGGUCCCUUUGCACAUGCCCAGGAAACUGCACUUCAACAUCACGCCUGAGAUUAAGAAGGACAUUGAGGAAGCCAAGCACCACAUGAACACACUGGCCCAAGACCUGGAUAUGAGAGUCAUAGUAUUUGGCCACUUUGGGAAAAAUGUCCCGAAGGCCCACAAGAUGAGCCCUGAUGCUUUUAUACAGGUAGCCCUACAGCUGGCUUACUACAGGAUGUACAAGUGCUGCUGUGCCACAUAUGAGAGCGCCUCCCUGCGUAUGUUCAGACUGGGCCGUACCGACACAAUCCGAUCAGCCUCAAGCGCCUCGGCCUCCUUCGUCAAGGCCUUCGACGAGCCCGGCAAACAGAACACAGAGAAGGUUGAUCUAUUGGUGAACGCCGUGAAAGCACACAGGUCAUACACUAACAUUGCUAUCAGUGGCCAGGCCAUAGACAGACACCUUCUGGGCCUUAAGAUGGUGGCUAUUGAGGAAAAACUACCCAUACCUGCAAUCUUCACAGACACUGCCUACGCCAAAGCCUUACACUAUCGGCUAUCUACAAGUCAGGUACCGUCCAAGACUGACUGCGUCAUGUGCUUCGGCCCCGUCGUGUCCGAUGGAUACGGCGUGUGCUACAAUCCCAUGAACGAUCACAUCAACUUCGCGGUGUCGUCUUUCAACACCUGCGAAGAAACCAGCGCAGCGCGUCUGGCCCGGGCCGUGGAGGGGGCGCUGCUGGACAUGAGGACACUGCUGGAACAAACCCCGAGAGCCAAACUGUGAAGCUCCAGAGUAUACUGAACGUCUUCAUGGAUGAAAUGGACGAUACGGUGCUGCCUCCUAAUGAGUCACACUCGAUAGGAAGACCGUUCUUUGUGUGAUUGAGUGACACUUGACCCUACCGCUGCAGCUGGUAGUCUGAACUAGUAUUCUGUUUUUCCCAGCAUGUUAUUGAUCAGCAUUGUGCACUUUAAAUCAUGCUGUGUAAUGUGGUACAAUCCACACACACUUUAAAUUAAUAUUGAUGCACUCUUCUCUGCUUCAAAGAGUAACUGAAAUAUCAACAGAAAUGAUCUACUUGAUGGAUAUUUUCUGAUUUUAUCACCCACGAGUCAGCCCUGUUUUGUCUGGUUUAUGCCUCUGUGCCUUCGACCUCCAUUGUUGCCUAAAAACUACUAAAGUCACUGGGCUGCACUGCUGCAUUAGGUGACAUUUUGUUUCAUUCAUAGGUGGCAAUAGUACUCACAUUGUUUACUCCAGUAGAAGUAGUAGUAAACUCAGGUAAAAUUAGAAGUACUGAAUCAACUUUGUUACUCAAGUAAAAGUGAGUAAGUACAGGCGCUGAAAUGUAAUCAAAUACUCUGAGUGGCUGAUGGUGAAACUAUUGUAUGCAGCAUAAUAAGUGGAUAUUACAGCAUCCUGCUUUAGCUUUCAUUUAGUGGGUACAAAGAUUACAUAACAGACCCUAUCUUGUAUCCAUCCUCUUUUAUUCUGAAGGUCCGGUUCGGAAGUCUUAUCACUUCCUUUGAACGGUUCCGUUCUGUAGAUUUUUUUUUUGUUUUGUUUUUAUACCUCACAGAGCGUGCAGUAUAUUGAUUUAUGGGCAUUUCUACCAUAUGACUCCCAGCAGGCUCUGUGUGGUUUACAUAUUUUAAUUUCAAAUCAUUUGUAAACUGCAAAAUCACUGGAUCUUCCUCAGAUGGAAAUGUCAGAUGAGACUUUUGUUGGCCAGUUAGCAUUUCAUCCAUGUUUGUUGUGUAAGGAAAUAUAAUUAAUCUGAAUGUAGAAAUGAGGCUGAUGACACCGGGAGAACAAUCGAGCAGAAACAUUGCAUAAUAAUGGGGAGUGUGUGAUGGGGGAGGGAGAGGGGAGGAGGUUAUUGAUGGUUGUUGCUCAAAUUGUUCAACACUUCCCAAAUGAAAUGCUUAUUUUCUGAAAGCA